UGCUGCUGGAGGCAGAGCCCGUUAUAGAGAGAGGUGCAAACGGGGAGUUCCCAUCAGCUUAUGUUGUUUUAAUUAUAGCCAGCGACCUGAUUUCAGCACUGCAGGGAUUUAACAGCUCCCGCUGAAGUAAAUCCGCGAGACCGAGAGGCGCUGGAGAGCGCGCACCAUCUACAAAGCAGAAAAUAACAAUAACAGAUAAAAACACAGAACCAGGAACGCGUCUCCUGGAUAACCGAAGCUUCAUAAUAUAUCGGAAAGCAGUUCAAGGAUGGUGUCGAAACGUGUGGGGUUUGUGGUCGUGGUUCAGGUUUUGGCUGUAAUAAUAUCGCACAUCAAUGCAUUUCCCACACCUGCUGGACCUGCUGAUAAGAGCAUGUUCAACCGAGAGCUGACAGAGGAGAAGCCAUUAGAACAGCAGAUUGCAGAAGCCGACAGCAACAAGAAGACAGAACCCAAGCCAACAGCACCAGCUGAGGCAGAGUCAAACUCAGAAGACGAUGACAUCACUUUUCUCAAGUCUCUGGCUGAGAAGUCCAAAGAGUCGAACAACGAGACUCCCAUCUCAGAUUCUGCAGAUGAGCGAAACGGUGCUGAUGAUGCCGACUCGACCAAGAACAGAAGACUAGCUGAUGACUACGACUCAACUAAGAAUGGAAUGGACUACAAAUACCAAGAUGAUCCUGAAAGCUUUCGGCAGCUGGACGGGUCCCCGCUGACAGCUCAGGACAUCGUACAGAAAAUCGCAAACAAAAUCUAUGAAGAGGAUGACAGAGGAGUGUUUGAUAGGAUUGUGUCCAAACUGCUCAAGCUUGGCCUAAUCACAAAUAGCCAGGCAGAGACGCUGGAGUAUGAAGUUGCGGAAGCCCUGCAGGAUCUAGUAACCAAAAACGCCAAAGAAAAUAUUAUUGGAGACCUGAGUAUGGACUACCCCAUAAAUGCAGCUAAAGACACACAGAGCAAUAUGGUACGAGAUGACGAAGAUAGACCCAGCCGUCGAUAUGAUGAAGAGGUUGAGGAUGCUGGUGAUCAAGAUAACGGUGCUGAAGAGCAGGAGAAGGAGCGCAGAGAUGACACUGUUAGGGCUGAUGAUUCAUGGGACGAUGUGAGUGACGGGAAUGAUAGGAACGAGCUGAACCCUGAAGAUGGACUACAGGAUCUUCAGUUCUUCCCAAACUUCUACAGACUCCUCAAGAGCCUCGACUCAGAGCAAGAUAAAGAGGAGAGAGAGACCCUGAUCACCAUCAUGAAGACGUUGAUCGACUUUGUGAAGAUGAUGGUUAAAUAUGGAACCAUUACACCAGAAGAAGGAGUUUCUUAUCUGGAAAACCUGGAUGCAAUGAUUGCCUUACAGACCAAGAACAAGCUGGGCAAACCUCUGGGUCCCCUCAGCAUUAUGCCCCCUACAGGAAAAGCAUUGGAUGAUGAUGACAACACUAAAGCAGGGGCUGCCAAAAUGCAGCAGAACGAGUCUCUAAAAGACUCAACCAAGGACAUCCAGACUGCAACAGAGAUCAGUCAUCCAGGGAAGUCAGAGAGUUAUCUGGAUGCAAUAAGGAAGAAUAUUGAAUGGCUGAAAAAACACAAGGAUGGCAACAAAGAAGCCCUGUCUGAGGGUGUUUUUAAAGAAAGGUUCAACUCAAUUCAGUGGAAAGAUGGAGAAGAACAGUCAAAUUAAAGAGUCUUUUCUGUUCCUUAAUUUGCAAUUAAAAUAAGCGUGGGUGAGAGAGCUCAUGAAUAUGCAUUGGUUUGAUGAGCUUGGCUUCAUUACAGUGAUUCAAGUGCUGUGUUUCACACAAAAGAUCUGUGUUUUUCUCUCUUCAUACCUGCCAGCAUGACACUGGGCAACUGUAUGUGUUAUUCAGCCAAUAUGUGAACAUCUCUUCAAAUUAGAGCAUAUUUUGUGUUGAGAACUAUUGUUCUAUUGUUCAUAUUCCAAACAGAUUCACUAGCAGCAGUCUGUUAUAGUAUAGACAUAUACUCACUGAACACUCAAAUAACAACAAUUGUAGUGAGCAGAAUACAUCUCAGAAUGCACAACACAUCGAACCUUGAGGCGGAUGUGCUACAGCAGAAGAAGACCAUGUCUGGCACUUUAUUAGGACCAUAGUGUUCCUACUAAAGUGCGCAGGGAGUGUAUAAUGGCAAGGCAAUUAGCAUUGGAAUUAAUAUCGAUUCGAAAACAAUUUGAAGCUAGAUUUGCUUUCAUAGAUGUAUUUACUGAGCCUUUUUACUACCAUUUUGAGUAAAAGCAACAUGACAAAUACAGUUGCCCCAAAUAUAUUUGCGCACUUAAACAAACAUUUAACCCAAAAAAUAAAGAGUCUUCAUUUACUCAUAUUCUUCCAAACCCAUAUGACUUCCUUUAUGACAUGGAAUUUAAAAAGGAGAUUUUAGGCAGAGUAUUCAGUCUUUGUCACAUUCACUUUCAUUAUGGGAAAAAAUGCAACGAAAGUGAAUAGUGAGGCUAACAUUUUCCAUGACAGAAAGAAAGUUAAACGAGUUUGAUACAUGAUGUUGAAUAAAUUAUGCCAGAAUUUUCAUUUAUCCCAGUGCAAUGCCUUGACCUACAGCUGUCAGCAGAAUGAGUCAAAUUAGAGAUCUGUCUUUCAGCCAUAUUCAUCUCAUAUUAAAUAAACUCUCCUCUAUGAGUCACAGUGGUCAUUAUGAUCAUAGAUAUAAACAUAGUGAGAGUCAUUAACACAUCAUUCUUUUUCAUAUUUAAUGGUCAGAAGUGUAGGUAGAGGCUGUUGGUCUCUUAGCAGCUACAGUAUUGAUUUUGCCAGAGCCCACGCACACAAACAUGCCAAACACAAAUGCUCUUCUGAUACCUAGCAACUUUAGCAACCCACACAAAAUAAUGCUGUGCCAACAAUUCCAAAGUUUAAUACUUAGGCUCCAAAACACUCCCUGUGAAUGUUUUCUUCAUCCUUCGCACUGAGCUAGAGAGACAGUGGAAAUAGUCGAGCAGCAGUAUUCUGUUUGCAAACAUAUUGGUUACUGUUGCAACCUCCAUUCCCUGUUGGAGAGAAUGAGAAUUUGUGUCCAUGUAGUGCCAUUAGGGGUCGCUUUUGAGAGCCCCGAACACCACUAGUCUUUUGUGAAAAGAUUUUUCCACUCCCCAGGAUAUACGGGUAUAAAAGGAGAAGGAAUGCCCACUCUCAUUCAGGUUUUGUGCUGAGUAGCCGAGACAAGGUCCGGCCAUUUCAGCGGCUAGUACAGCGUUGUGGCAAGAGGGACACAGUGUCUCGUUCCCUCCAUCAGGGAACGGAGGUUACGACAGUAACCAAGAUGUUCCCCUUCUGUCACUCACUUGACAUUGUGUCAAUAUAGUGACACUAGGGGUCCCUAUAGAAAAACGGCACAACAUCUAAACUGUGUUACUUGAACUGCUGAUGCAGGUGCAAGCAAGCUGCUGCGUGCGUAGUAGCAGGUGUAUCAGUCUGUACGUAACCUCCCCCAACACCCCAAAAAGACGUCAUGUAAUUCCUCACAUUCCUGAGGGGGGGCAACAUAACUAGCCAGGCCAGCCGUGGCCUUUUCUCUCUACGUUUGUGAGUAUUAUAUGUAUCGGGGAAGGUGUUUUUAUCCGUUCCUAUUAUUUCAGGGGGAAAAGACCCCAUGGAGUCAACAUCCUGCCUAAAAGGGGAGUUUAGCAUGUGACAAUACAACACAUGGGCUCACCAGCUGCACAUGGAAUGGACGCAUUGAUAGGUCCUGCCUCAAAGGGGAGGAGCCCUAAAAACACGCCUUCCGGGGCUGAGAGGGCUCUGCCCAAGGGAGACGCGGGUCUGCUGAUAGGGAGAAUGUACCGCGGAAAAUACAUAUACAUCACAGGGAGUUACCUGAGUAAUAGGCACCUGUGGAGCACCUAUCCCAGUACAGGGCAUAUUAGUACCUGUAGUGGGUCUAGCUGCGAACUCCUCCCCCAAAUUGAUGAGCCACAGGGCAAGGGAGGAGCUCCUGCUCUGCUGAUGUCUGCUAGAAAGGUGCCAUAGGCCAGUGCCCACGAGGAUGCCACACUCCUAGUAGAGUGUGCUUGUAUUCCCAAAGGGGUGGGCAUGGCCUGGGCCUGGUAUUCCAGAGCGAUGGCAUCCAUGAGUCAGUGGGCAAGCCUCUGUUUGGAGACAGACAAAGAGCUGCUCAGAGCAUCUAAAGCUCUGCAUGUGAUCCAAGUAGGUCUGCAAGGCACGCACCAGACACAGCAACCACAGGGUUGGUUCUGUCUCCUCCCAGGGCAGCACUUGCAGGCUCACUACCUGAUCCCUGAAGGGGGUCGUGGGAACCUUGGGCACAUAGCCCGGCCAGGGUAACUGGAUCACGUGAGUAUCUGCCGGACCGAACUCCAGCCACAAAAACACUUGCAGGUCCCCAAUCCUCUUGAUGGAGGUGAGCGCAAUCAGGAGGGCCAUCUUCAAGGAGAGGGCUUUCAGCUCAUCUAACUCUAGUGGGUUAAAGAGGGCUCCCCGAAGGCCCAGGAGGACCAUGGAGAGAUCCAACGAGGGGAAGAGGCGUGGCCUGGGAGGAUUCAGCUUCCGGGCACCUCGUGCUUCCCUAGGGCCUUACCAUCCACUGCGUCAUGGUGAGCCACUAUAGCAGCUACAUAUACCUUCAAGGUGGAGGUGGACAGCUGCCCCUUCAGCCUCUCCUGCCGGAAGGAAAGCACUGACCCUUAUCUCUGGGUGUCUUCGGAUCGGGAAGAACACCAAUUCCCCAACAAGUGGCACUUCAGGGCAUAAAGCUGCCUCGUAGAAGGAGCUCUGGCUUGAGUGAUCGUGUCUGCCACUGCUGGAGAAAGAUGGUCCUUCAUCAGGGGAAUCUUCCAGGGAGGUGCUGUCGCAAGGAGCAUGAUGAACCAAGACUGGGUGGGCCAGUAUGGGGCCACGGGGGGCCACUCUAGGCAGUUGAUGUGCCAACCCAGUCGCGGUCCUGUCCAGGAAGCAGGGGCUGUGUGCCUGUUGCACACGGUGCCCCAGCCCAACUUGGAGGUGUCUGUGGUGACCACGACACGUCUGGACACCUGCUGUAGUGGAACUCCUGCCUGCAAAAACAUGAGGUCUGUCCAAGGUGCUGUGCUGAAUCUGUCUCAUAUGCAUCAAACCGAGUGGCAUGACCACGGCCGAGAAACCCAUAUGCCCCAGGAGCCUCUGAAAGUGUUUCAGUGGAACUGCUGUCCUCUUCGCUGUUCAGCACCAACUGCGCACGCUCCCUUGUGAGGCACGCUAUCAUUGAGACAGAGACUACUCCAUGCCGAGAAAGUUUAUGCUCUGAACUGGGGAGAGCUUGCUCUUUUCCCAGUUGACCCAAAGCCCUAGACGGCUGAGAUGCCUGUGCACCAGGUCUGAGUGUGCUAGAAUCAGCCAGUCGUCAAGGUAGUUGAGUAUGUAGAUGCCCAUAUCCCUUAAUGGGGCAAGAGCUGCCUCUGCGACUUUCGUGAAGAUGCAAGGGGACAGGGAGUGGCCGAAGGCAUAGGAAGGGUCUAUGUCGAGGUAAAACCGAGUACGCAUCCUUCAGGUCUACCACCACGGACCAAUCUCGAUGUCGGACGUACAUCAAAAUGUGUUUCUGCAUCUUGAACGGGAGUCUGUGUAAGGCCCGGUUCAGAACUCGCAGGUCCAAGAUUGGCCGCAACCCACCUCCAAGGUCUGGGAUUGGGGCACUAAAGGGCAGAUCACGUCUGACUUACCUGGAGGUGGGGCCUCGUGGCGGGGAGGAGCAGGUGACGCCACGUCAAGGAGCAUUGCUUCGUCCCGAGGUCGCUGCGCUGAGGGGAGCCUUGAAGCACUUACCUUGCUCUGCAUAUCCGGCAUAGUACAGGUGAGCGACUGAGGUGGAGGAACUCUUAGGUCAUCCUCGAGACUCGUCACAACCGGUUGGCCCUAGGCAUGGCGUAGCUGGGCGUGCGAAUGGGGGGACCACAUUCGCGGGGUCCUGGCUGCGAGUGCUCGGUGUCUGGUCGCCGUGACAACAGUGGUCGUAAACACCAAUUACAUGACCCAAGGAGUGAGGAAACCACUCUUUUUUUGACAAUUUGGGCUGCGGCGAACAAAAAAGAGGAGGGAACAAAAGAUUUUCCUCCCAGCAGACGCUUCUUAAGAGAUGAAAUAGUAUUCAGCUCACUGAUAGUACAACCGCUCGGCUCCGACGAAAAAAUCUGAAUGAGAGUGGGCAUUCCUUCUCCUUUCUGUAUGUCUGUGGGAGUGGCAUGCAAAUUCCACUCACCAAUUCUCAUUGGCCUUUUCUCAAAAGAAUAUAGGUGUUUGGGUCUAUCAAGAGCGAUCCCCAGUGUCACUACAUUGACACAAUAUCAAGUGAGAGGUAGAAGGGGAACAUACGGACAGCAGCCAUGCUUCUGAGGCCUGCGUUUAAAGUAGCUUUUAAAUGUGAAGCACACUGUCCUGACAACAGACUACAUAUAUUAACCAAUGUUACAUUAAAAUUUGUUAUUAAUUACUAUAUGCCUCUUUAUAUGAAUAGUAUUCACAUGAGAUCGAUAAAAGAAGCUAUUUUAACCACUCAAUGAUGAUUUCAAAUAAUAUGUAGUGUAAUAAUAAGGUGCAUGGAGAAGACAAAGUACAAUCAAAGAGGAUAAAUCCAGCAACACUUGUUUAAGGAAGAGAUUUAUUAGAUAAAAUAGACACACAAGCAUUCAUUAGUGUACAUAUAUUUGACAAAUUAAUCAGCAUUUUAUGUAAUUAAUUCAGUACAAAUGUUUCAUUGAUGAUUGACAGUAGUAUUCUAGUAUUCCCUUCUGAAUACAGCCACACACAUACACAAAGUAAUAGAUCCAUUGGCCUUCCAUGUAGUGUAAUGUAAACAACAGCGGCAUGUGUAGAUAGAAAACAAACAACAUGUGACAUUUAUCCCAGAUUACUCUGUAUAUUAUUAUGUAUGGGAUUAUGCAUCACAUAUAAGUGAGUUUAGUUGAGUGUCUAUAGGCCCUUUCCCACUGCAGGUACUAAAGCCUGUUUUAGGAACUUUCCCUCAGGACUAUUCGUUGCUUUCGCACCUAGGGAACUAUAGUUUCUCUGAGACAUUUCUGGGGGAUUUUUAGCUCCUAAUCUGGAGUAGGUACUUUGGGGGCAUACAGGGACUGUGGGAAACUUUGGGAGGUGCUACAGCCUGUAAUUGGUCAAAACUCAUGAUACACAAAGCACUGAGAAAGGAGAGGAGUGCACAGCUACCAUUAGUAAACAACUAGCUGCUAGCCUGCUACUAUUUUUCAGUUACCUCAACAGAAAUAAAACAAAACCAACAAAGUAUGCUGUUUGUACUGUAUGACUAUAUAGAACAUAAUAGGUAUAUAGUGCUUUCAGCAUGUUAUCCGCUGAGUUCAGCGUGUGAUGCGUGGUAGUCUGGCUGCCUCCCCUCUCCUCUCCUCUCACUUCAAGAUGUAGCAUCACUCGCACUGCUCUCGUGUCCAGUUUAAACUGUAACCUGAAGACACAGACUGCAUCCGAAAAUGGGAAAAUGCUACCUUCAGGGGGCUGUAUAAGGAGGUAGGACAAAAUAAGGUGCUUUUGAAACCCGUUUUCUUUAUAGUUCCAUUCAUCCAAAAACACUGUCGUUUGUAACUGAAUAGGCAGCUGCCUCCAUUUUCAGAUGCAGCCAAAGCUCCUGUAAAACAGUCCUAACAAAAGUGUAACUCUGAUCCCGUCCUCUGUUGUGUUGUUGCUAUUGUAUCACAUGUGCUGAUAAUGUCACAAGAAAAAUGGUCGAUAGAUGACGUCAUUUCGAGGGUACUUCUGUGAGUCGGAAUGCAAAAGAGGAAAAGUCUCCACCGUUCCUCAUUAGAGUUCUUAUCUAGAAAAUUAUUAAAGGACAAGUACUGGGACUGUAGGUGGGAAAAGGCCUUAUAUUCAUUAGUUCUCAUGUGUUGUUCUCUCUGUUUGUGCAUGUAAGAUUACGAUCUCUCCAAGCUGCGGGACUUCAUGGACCAACAGGUGGAUGCGUACAUCGAUAAGGGCAUCAUCGCCAAAGAUGAAGGUGAUGUCAUCAAGAGAAUCUAUGGGAGCCUGUAGGAGCCACUAUUCUACAUAGCUUCUCAUGUGACAGUGUAACUGAAUGCGUACUAAAUACUUCAACUGGGCAUAAUAACACAGAUCUAAUACUUUAACUCCUAAUAAACAUGAUGUAGUCUGCAAAGACAAAAUCUGAGCAGAAUAUUACUCUCCUGAAGGCAAUAUAGUCUCAGUGCGGUCAGCAAUAGAACACAAUCUAAUGCUAGAGGAUCCACACAUCACAUCUGAGAUGUAAAUGUUCUUACACAGUUGGACUGAAUAACAGCAUUUGCUAACUAGAAGUCUGAAAUUCAGUGAAUUUGGUGGUAUGACUUACAAAUCAGUGUGAAAUAGAAGCUUUUGCACCUGUCCUUCUUUUGCAAUAGACUUUUACAGCAUCAUAUACAUAUUUAUCUGUGCAUCAUUUUCCUUUAUGUAUGGUGUAUAGCAUUUUCUCUUUAUUUGGUCUUGUUUGAAGAAAUUAACCAGUAUUGUUUCUAAGUCAACGAAAAAAUGAGCUUUUAUUGUCAGUAAAUUACUUUCCUCUUCUGUUGAUUUUUCUCCUAGUCAAUAGGGGGCAGUCUUCCCUUCUCUUUGUCAAGUUUGGUUUUCUGGGAUUUGUUUCUCCACUUUUUGAAUCUGUGUAUUACACAUGCUAUAUAGAUUGACAACAAUCAAGUAUUUUUUAAAUGUAAAUAUUAUGAUCUUUCCAAAAAUCUAUUAAACAUUGCCUUUCUUUAAUUAUGUAGCAUGUGUGGUAGUGUUUAUUCAUUUAUUUAUUGUUCAUAUUAAAUUUGGAAAUAUUAGUCAAAGGACUAUAAAAAAUGAUUUUAUAAUGAAACACUAAACAUUUAAAGCAGUGUUUCCCAACCUUUUUUCAGCCACGGCACA